GGUUAAUACGCCUGCUGUCAGUCUACGUACACGGAAGUAAACAAACCCUUUCUUGCGAGGCAGGCAACUUGUCAGGAUGGCUACGACUAAUGCUAAACAGACUAUAUUGAAUCCGGCAAUCCCUUUCGCUGGGACUAUUCUCGGAGGUCUGCUUCCGGGGGAGAUGCUGCUAAUACAAGGCAGGGUCCCCAGUAACUCCGAGAGGUUCCAGGUGGACCUCCAGUGUGGGAGCAGUGUGAAGCCCAGGGCGGACGUAGCCUUCCACUUCAACCCCCGGUUCAAGAAGAGGGCUCUGGGCGUCGUGUGCAACAGCCUGCAGAAAGAGCGCUGGGGCAAGGAGGAGGUCCACCAGCAGAUGCCCUUCAGCCCCGGAGAGGUGUUUGAGAUCAUCAUCCUGGUGCAAAAGGAAGUGUUUAAGGUGGCAGUGAACGGGAAUCAUCUGCUGGAGUACACUCAGAGGCUGGACCUCGACGGGGUUGACACUCUGGGCAUUUCAGGCUCAGUCAGCAUUCAAGCCAUUGCCUUCUUCCCUGUUGAAACUGCAGCUGCGAAGCCCUCUCUAGUCCACAGAGACUCCAUCCCACACGCGAUGCUGAAAUCCCCAGACGAUCUGAGUCUUCCUUUCCGUGGACAGAUGGAGAAGGGUUUGAGUCCCGGGCAAACCAUUACAAUUAAAGGAAAAACCAGUCCCUACCCGCACAGCUUCAGUGUGAACCUGCGGGUCUCCAACGGCAGCGACAUCGCCUUCCACCUCAACCCCCGGCUGAAGGCGGGCGCGCUGGUCAGGAACUCCUUCCUGUCGGACUGCUGGGGCGAAGAGGAGCUGGAGCUGGACUCGGCCUUCCCCUUCGUCGCCGAUCAGUACUUUGAGAUGAUCAUCCUGUGUGAGGCCCACCAGUUCAAAGUGGCGGUGAACGGGGUCCAUCAGCUGGUGUACCGCCACCGCGUCCAGGACCUGACCCGCAUCACCGACCUCGAGAUCCAGGGGGACGUGCAUCUGCUGGAUGUCAAGCUGUGGUAACCUCGGACACCCAUCCCCAACCCCCCCCCCCCCCCCCCCCCCCCCCCCACCACCAGCCCCUCCCCGCCCCACUCCCUCUAGAAUGACGACGUGCCGGCACCAUAUGAUAGGUACAGCGGGUGUGUCCACUACAUUAGGGGACGGACGGCAGGCUAACCACUUUAGAGUGUAAAAAGGCUUUGUGUUCAAGGCCUGUGUCUGGCUCCAGAGACUAGGUGUGUGGUUGGAAAAGCAAACAAAAAAGAAAUUCUCUUUUAUAUUGUGCUCUGCAUUGCUACAAUGCUUUAGUUGGCUGACAUUCCACUGGGAAAAACAAGCGAUUUAUCUUUCUAAAAUACAGGAGAAUAUAUGAGAACAAAUGCUGAUAAUAAUUCAAUUUCUGGCAUGUUUACUGAGUAUUAGCUGCUGACGAAGGCAUUUCGAUCAAUACUUUGAGCAGUCGGGCAAACAUUUAAAAUGCUUUCUAACACUGUUAAAAGUGUUUAAAAUGCCCAAAGAAGAGCUUUCUUCAGCCUCUUCAGUGAUGCACUACAGAAACAUAACAAUAAUGUAGAACUUGCACUGAUAUACAUUUCCAUAUACGUGUGUGUGUGUGUGUGUGUGUGUGUGUGUGUGUGUGUGUGUGUGUGUGUGUGUGUGUGUGUGUGUGUGUGUGUGUGUGUGUGUGUGUGUGUGUGUGUGUGUGUGUGUGUGUGUGUGUGUGAAACUAAGCGCUUGUGCUGCUUAACACUAACGCUAAUUACUACAGGAAGUUAAUUUUAAUGUAAUUUGCACAGUCUUUCCAUAUCUUGUGAAACCAGGUGUAACUAGUUAUUACAUGACCAAGCAACUCAGGACGAAGGGAUACAAAUACGUUUUCUAAGAAUAAGGUGUGUGUGUGUGUGUGUGUGUGUGUGUGUGUGUGUGUGUGUGUGUGUGUGUGUGUGUGUGUGUGUGUGUGUGUGUGUGUGUGUGUGUGUGUGUGUGUGUGUGUGUGUGUGUGUGUUUAAAUAAACCUGGGUGAGUUGUAGUGGACCAGAGGUUUAAUAUGAUGACCCAAAAUAUUAAUCAAAAGGACAGUGAAUGGGCUGUUGUUGGUAUUCCAAAGAAACAAAAUAAUAUACGAUAUACUCUGGAUUAAUCACUGGAAAAAUAUAAAAAUCUUUAAUAGAUAAAUUUGAUUAUCUAUUAAAAUAUCUCUCCGAUAAUAUAUAUUUUUUUACCCCAACUGUUUUGUGUAUAAGGCAUAUCUAUUUUGAGAAAAUGUUGAGAUUUGUUAAAAUGGUAGAUUAACCAAAAUUGUCACCAAACCACCUGAAUACUCUGAAGUAACUCCCAAUACAAUAAACAAGCCAUUCAGCAGGGUACCUGUUUGUAAAGCUUUAUAGGAAUACACAAAUAUGUUUUCUUUGUAAUCCAUAGUGUAUGGCUCAAACCCAGUUACUAACGAGCAUGACUGUUAAUCCUGUGUGUAACUGCAUUAUUCAUGUAUAAUUACAUUAACCAUGUGUGAAGUAUCCAUAUAUCCUGUGUGUAAUUAUGUUCAGUCCGGUGUGCCGGGUUCUUUCAAACCAUAUUCAAUAAAAAACAAUGUGAAUCCAUGUUCAGUGAAAACAAAAGCUUACAUUUACGAUUGAAGUGCAAUAAAAUAUGCAAGUCUAAUGUGCAA